UUGUCAUGCAAUAUCACAGCUUCCACCAAAAACUUGCCGCUUUUUGCGUGCAACACCAACGAAAACCCAACCUACAAAAGCUUUGCAUUUUGUGAUACCUCAUUAGAUAUUAAAACAAGGGUGAAUGAUUUAACCAAGAGACUAACAUUAGAAGAAAAAGUUGGCUUCUUGGUAAACAAUGCUAGUAGCAUCCGCCAUCUUGGAAUACCUGGCUACAAAUGGUGGUCCGAGGCUUUACAUGGUGUAUCUAACGUCGGGCCAGCCACUUAUUUCUCUAAUGUGAUCCCUGGAGCUACCAGCUUCCCUCAAGUUAUUCUAACUGCGGCUUCAUUCAAUCAAACUUUGUUUAAAACCAUUGGAAAGGUGGUUUCAACUGAAGCUAGAGCAAUGUAUAAUGCUGGGUUAGCAGGGUUAACCUACUGGUCACCAAAUGUGAAUAUUUUUCGUGAUCCACGAUGGGGAAGAGGGCAAGAAACUCCUGGAGAAGAUCCGAUCUUAACAAGUAAAUAUGCAAUAGAUUAUGUUCAAGGUCUGCAAGAAAGAGAUGAUGGUGAUAAAAAUCGUUUAAAAGUUGCAGCCUGCUGUAAACAUUACACUGCUUAUGAUGUCGAUAACUGGAAAGGCGUUGAUCGAUAUCAUUUCAGUGCUACGGUUACAAAGCAAGAUAUGGAGGAUACAUUUCAACCCCCAUUUAGAAACUGCAUUGUGAAUGGAAAUGUUGCGAGUGUUAUGUGUUCUUAUAACAAAGUUAACGGCAAACCAACCUGUGGUGAUAGGGAUCUUUUGGAACGCGUUAUUCGUGGUGAAUGGAAAUUAAAUGGCUUUCGAGUGGUGGUCUGCAGGUACAUAAGUUCCGACUGUGAUUCACUCGACGUCAUGUUCAGAUCACAGCACUGGGCCCAAACCCCAGAAGAAAUUGCAGCGGAUGCAUUGAAUGCAGGUUUGGACCUCAACUGCGGGGACUUUCUAAAGUUUAACACAUUAGGCGCGGUACAAGGUGGCCUAGUGAAAGAAACAGUUGUUGACAGGGCUGUUUCAAACAACUUUGCUACACUUAUGAGACUAGGAUAUUUUGAUGGUAACCCAAGAAAGCAGUUGUAUGGUAACCUUGGCCCAAAAGAUGUGUGCAGCCCGGCUCACCAAGAGCUAGCCCGUGAAGCAGCUAGACAAGGAAUUGUGUUGCUUAAAAACAGGCCUAGUUCAUUACCAUUAUCUCCAACUUCUAUCAAAUCUCUAGCAGUAAUUGGCCCCAAUGCUAAUGUCACAACAACCAUGAUUGGCAACUAUGCAGGGAUUCCAUGCAAAUAUACGACUCCUCUACAAGGUCUAUCAGCCUCCGUUAAGACUGUUUACCAAUCAGGAUGCCGUAAUAUAGGAUGUGCUACAGCGCAAUUUAACAGAGCAAAGAAAGCGGCUGCUGCAGCUGAUGCUGUGGUUCUAGUAAUGGGUGAUGAUCUCUCUGAAGAGGCAGAGGGUCGAGAUAGAACCAGUGUAAGUCUUCCUGGACAACAAAACCGUCUUAUUACAGAAGUUGCAUCCGUGGCUAAAGGACCCGUGAUUCUUGUUAUUAUGUCUGGGGGUGGAAUGGAUAUUGGAUUUGCAAAGAAGAAUACGAAGAUUGGUAGCAUUUUAUGGGUCGGGUUACCUGGUGAAGCUGGUGGAGCUGCAUUAGCUGACAUCAUUUAUGGACGAUAUAAUCCAAGUGGAAGAUUACCCAUGACAUGGUAUCCGCAAUCAUUUGCAGACACUGUGAGCAUGACAAACAUGAAUAUGAGACCCAACCCAGCCACAGGCCACCCUGGUUACACCUACCGUUUUUACAAAGGUGAAACGGUUUAUCAGUUUGGAUAUGGGUUAAGCUUUUCUCCAUUUAUUCAACAAGUGGUUCAAGCACCAAAGCUCAUUCAAAUUCCCCUAGACGAAAAUCAUGUUUGUAGUUCUUCUGAGUGUCAAACGAUUGAAAUGGAUGAUCAUCAUUGUGGCCAUUUAGGAUUCAAUGUUGUGAUUAGGGUAAAGAAUGUUGGGAAAUUUGAGGGAAGUUAUACCGUGUUGUUGUUCUCUUCACCUCCUCAAGUAACUCCGGACGUACCUCAAAUCCAACUAGUCGAUUUUGAGAAGGUGUCCUUGGCUCCACAACAAGAGAGGUUGGUUAGAUUCAAUGUGGAAGGUUGCAGACAUUUGAGUGUUGUUGAUGAGGAUGGCAAUAGAAAGGUUGCAUUGGGGGAGCAUGUUCUUCAUGUGGAAGAUGUUAAACAUUCUUUAACUCUAAAGAUUUGA